UUUGAGUUGGAUGGCAACAAGUCGCCACAAGUCGCAAAGUUCAUCUGGCAAAAUAAGAACAAAGGAAGCCAGAUCAAAACAGCCAGAGUCUCUGAGCGUCCUCCGGAGCCUCGCAGUGUCAUGACGAAAAUGGACCAAGAUGCCAACCACGAGCCGGCGAUCCGGAGCUUUGGCGACCUGGACGUCAUUGACUCGAACGGAGACCUGUACCUCUUCGUCGGCGAGCACGUCGAGGAAACACCCAAAAGCUAUCUUGUGUGUUCCAAGGCGCUCGCAAGGGCAUCGACAGUCUUCCGGAAAAUGCUCUACGGCGGCUUCGCCGAAUCGCGGCCUCAUCUGAACGACGCACAGCAGAACUGGACCGUGAAACUCCCCGAGGACCGACAGGAGGCGCUGGAGUUGCUGCUCGACAUAUCACACGCGCGUUUUGACAAGGUCCCCGAACAGCUCGAACUCACGCGCCUGUACAAGUUUCUCGUGGUCACUGAGAAAUAUGACGCAACGAGCAUUACGCGCCCGUGGGCCCGCGGCUGGAUGGAGGCAGUCAAGACAAGCACGCAGAAUCCUUUGCUUCUCGGUGUUUCUUAUGAACUGGGAGACUCCCAGAUGUUCAAUGACAUGGCGAUGAAGAUUGCUGCCGAGUGUUUAGUUGACGACGAUGGAGAUCUAGUCUUUGGCUACAGCGGUGAGGAUCGUGAUACUCACUCAUACAAGCUCUGCAACAUAGAAAAUCUAUUCCCGUCUGAUUUUGUUCACGACGCCAAAAAAAUCCGCAAGACCUUGCUCAGAAUCAUGCUGGAGCCCUACGAAAGCCUCUGCACGUUGCUCAAACACAGAGACCGAUGCAUGUCGUCGCCGCAGGAUCCCACGGGCGGCAAACGAUGUGACAGCAUCCUGCUGGGCUCUCUCAUCAGGUCCUUCGCGGCAGAGGGGAUCGACCUGACGGAUCCGCUUCCCAUCUCGGCCUACUGCGGGAGCGCUUCGGCACUCGAGUCCGUUCUGCUCAAACUUGAAUUGUACACAGCCCACUCGGGCUUCUCGCCCCCGUCUUUAAAGUCGUUCGGUUUUGGACAGCCCAUACCGCCUCCGCGGAUCGGCUUCACCCUUAGCACCUGCGAGCAAGUAUUGCAGUCUGGACUUCGGGAAGGCGUGGAGAGGUCUUUGAUGUUGAGGGGAGAUAUGAGCUUUUUUCAGCGGAAAUAUGACGAGCAUUUUCAGAAGCAGGCACAAAAGACGGGUCUUUUUAAACAGCACUAG